CGUAAAGACACGCGGAAGCGAAAGAAGAAAAACAUCGAAAACGCCCCCUCCGUCCACCUGAAACUUGUGACACUUCAGUUUAUCUGGGUUGUUGUUGUUGUUGUUGGCAUCGCUGUAUUUCCACUUGAGUUGUUUGUGGGGGAGAUAAACAUGGAAGCUAAACUAAAGACGGAGUUGGGGACAACCAUGCUGAAGUCUACCGGUCACUCAGGAGGUGGAUGUAUCAGCGAGGGCCAGAGCUAUGAUACAGACACCGGGAGAGUGUUUGUGAAGAUCAAUCACAAGAGCGAGGCUAAACAGAUGUUUGAUGGAGAGAUGGCCAGUUUGGACGCCCUUUUAAAGACAGACACUAUCAAAGUACCCAAACCUGUGAAGGUGAUUGAGCUCGACACAGGGGGAUGUGUGCUCGUGAUGGAGCAUCUGGACAUGAGAGGUCUGAACAAGUUCUCAAAGCACCUUGGAGAGCAGCUGGCAGAUCUGCAUCUUCACAACAAGAGAUUGAUGGAAAAAUUUGAAAAAGAGCAGCAGACAGUGGGAAAAGGAGCUGAGCAGUCAGAUGUGGCUGUUGUUGGGAAAUUUGGAUUUAGUGUACCUACAUGCUGUGGAUAUCUACCACAGAGAAACGAGUGGCAGGAUGACUGGGUGACAUUUUUCUCCCAGCAGCGGCUGCAGCACCAGCUUAACAUGGUGGAGAAUUCUUAUGGAGACAGGGAGGCCAGAGAGCUGUGGGCCAAGCUACAGCUGAAGAUCCCUCAGUUUUUCACAGAUCUGGAGAUGGUCCCUGCUCUCCUCCACGGAGAUCUAUGGGGAGGCAACGUGUCAGAAUGUGCAGAUGGCCCAGUCAUCUUUGACCCUGCUUCCUUCUAUGGACAUUCAGAGUUUGAGCUGGGUAUCGCUGGAAUGUUUGGUGGCUUCAACAGAUCUUUUUACUCUGCUUACCAUGAAAAGAUUCCUAAAGCACCCGGCUUUGCAGAGAGAAACCAGCUCUACCAACUCUACCACUAUCUGAAUCACGGGAACCACUUUGGUGGUGGCUACAGAGGCUCCACAAUAGGAAUUAUGAAGAAGUUACUGAAGUAAUUGCACACACUUUGUAGAAAGCUUCACAUGUCUUAAAGACAAGCCAAGUAUUAUGUAUAUAUUGACAGAGGCUAAUUUGACCAAUAAGUGUGGAUAAUUGUUAGAGAGACUAAAACAUAACAUUUCAGCAUUGUAGUAUAUCUUUUUUAGUGUGUAUAAAACUGCCCUGACUGCUCCAACCAUGAUUGUAUUGUAUGAUUUAACAAUGAUACAAUCGUAAUUAUCUCCAAAUGAUUUAUCUUCUUGACUGACUGUUGAUGUCACAGGCUGAUAUACUACAUACACCUACAGAGUGUUGCUAGUAGCAAUGUAUUCACUGUUUAACCAACAAUAAAUCCUCAGAUGAUCCAAA